AUGCUGGCAAAGUUCCUGACCGAUGACAGUCUCAAUGAUAUCAUUCUCAAGGGGACUGAUGGUGUGGAAGUUCCUGCAAACCGAUUCUUGCUCUCAGCCCGAUCGGAUGUCUUUCAUAGCAUGCUGCUGGGCAAGUUUCAAGAGGCAUCAUUGCCCAUUGUAGAGCUGGGCUUCUCAGGAAGUGUACUCAUGGCCGUGGUGGAAUAUGCACUGACGGACAAUGUGCAAACUCUCAAUUCCAAGAAGUCAAAGGAAUUUGAAGUGGCUACGGAACAGCUUGACUUAGUUGUGCCCUUGACAGAGGCUGCUCCCUACUUCAAUCUUGCUGGUCUUGGAGAGCUUGUCCUGGAAUACUUGGAAACUACCAUUGAGAAAGAGCCUGGCAUGUCCUUUGCUUUGCUGCAGAUAUGCAAAUUGACUGGCAAUUCAGUGCCAGUGGUCCUUUCGGACAAGGCCAAGAAAUGGGUUCGCACCACCCCAGCGGAAGCAGUGUCUGCAUAA